CGACCGGCGGCAGGUUGGUGCGAGAGGGCGGACGCAGCAGGGUCGGCUGAGAGAACUGCCCCGUCCCCGGCCUCCAGCCCUCGGUCUCCGGUCCUCUCAGGAUGGAGACGGCGCCGACAGCCGUCCCCGGGGUUUGAGGCCGUGUUCUCAUUCUCCGAGUAACCGGCCAAGGAGAGCGAGUUUCACAAAGUCGCAAUCGUUUCCAGGCCUGAUGAUUCAACGUCAUUUGAACCCAUAGAGGAAUGACUGGUUGAAUUGACAGCAACUUCCUGCCACAGCCAUGCAGGUUACUGGAGUACUUGGCAAUCCACAUUGGAAUCUGUCAUCCUGUUUGUGAUUUUUUUUCAAUGAACGUGUAGAAGAAAUGUUAUCGCUCUUAAAGGAUCUACACUUGUAUGUCUAAAUUAUAAACUUGGAAAAUUGAAGCUGUGUUUUAUACCUGAACUCAUCUGUCCAAAACCAAGUUAUAAUAAUCAUGGCUUCAGUUUGGAAACGGCUGCAACGUGUGGGAAAGCAUGCAUCCAAGUUCCAAUUUGUGGCUUCAUACCAAGAAUUAAUGGUAGAGUGCACAAAAAAAUGGCAACCUGACAAGCUUGUAGUGGUUUGGACAAGAAGAAGCAGACGGAAAUCUUCCAAGGCUCAUAGUUGGCAACCAGGAAUUAAAAAUCCAUAUCGAGGAGUGGUGGUUUGGCCUGUUCCUGAAAACAUUGAAAUCACUGUGACACUUUUCAAGGAUCCACAUGCUGAGGAAUUUGAAGACAAAGAAUGGACUUUUGUUAUAGAAAAUGAGUCACCUUCUGGUCGUAGAAAAGCUCUUGCCACCAGUAAUAUUAACAUGAAGCAGUAUGCGAGCCCCAUGCCUACGCAAACUGAUGUAAAGCUGAAAUUCAAGCCAUUGUCUAAAAAAAUUGUUGCUGCCACACUGCAGUUUUCUUUAUCGUGCAUUUUCUUGAGAGAAGGCAAAGCAACGGAUGAGGAUAUGCAAAGCCUGGCUAGUUUGAUGAGUAUGAAACAAGCUGAUAUUGGAAACUUGGAUGACUUUGAGGAAGAAAAUGAGGAAGAUGAUGAAAACAGGGUGAAUCAAGAGGAGAAGUCAGCAAAAAUUACAGAGAUAGUAAACCAGUUGAAUGCUCUGAGCAGCUUAGAUGAAGAACAAGAUGACUGCCUAAAACAAGCAAAUAAGUCUGCAGCUAAAUCAACCAGUUCUUCUGAAGAACUUAUCAAUAAACUCAACAUUUUGGAAGAAGAGGAGGAACCGCUUAACACAAGGCAUGAUCCAUUUAGAGAGAUUGAUACUCAUGGAUUGAAUCCUUUUGGAGACCCAGAUGAUGAGCCUGUUUUAGAAGAGAGGAAUGUUGGAACAAUGUCAGCCACAAGACCAGAAGAAUCUUUCUACGAUAAUGAUCCCAACAAUCCUUUUAAUGAACAGUAUGAGAAUUCUCUCAAUCCCUUUGAUGUAUGUGAUUCUCAACCUGGCAGGAUUAUUGAAAAUAGGACAGAAGCAAUAGAACCACCUAAACCAACGAAGAGACAGAAUGUCAAACCUGUGGACAUGAGCAAGUACCUCUAUGCCGAUACAACCAAAACAGAGGAGGAAGAAUUAGAUGAAUCUAAUCCAUUCUAUGAGCCGAAGGCUGUACAUUCUACAAAGUAUGAAACGACAUUAGUGACAGCUUCAAUACAGCAGCCUGACACAGAAAAAAAGACAGAGAGGAAAGCACCAUCACCUCCAGCACCUGACAAUACAUUCACACCAAAGUCAGAAACUGUAAAGGUGUACAUCAAACCAGCUGCUGUGAUGGAUAUAUCCUCAUCACCAAAGCCGAGCCCGAUCCCAAGUCCUAUUCUUGGGAAAAAACCAAAUGCCACUCAAUCGCUGCUUGCCUGGUGCAAAGAAGUGACAAAAAACUACAGAGGAGUGAAGAUCACGAAUUUCACGACAUCGUGGAGAAAUGGACUGGCUUUCUGUGCAAUUCUAAAUCAUUUCCGGUCAGACUUGAUUGACUACAAAUCUCUGAAUCCUCAGGAUAUUAAAGAAAACAACAAAAAGGCUUAUGAUGGCUUUGCAAGCUUGGGAAUAUCACGAUUAUUGGAGCCAGCAGAUAUGGUUUUAUUGGCUAUUCCAGAUAAACUGUCCGUUAUGACCUACCUUUAUCAGAUAAGGGCACAUUUCAGCGGCGAAGAAUUGAAUGUGGUCCAGAUCGAAGAAAACAGCAGUAAAAGCAAGUACAAAGUUGGUAACUUUGAAACUGACACAAACAGCUCCAUUGAUCAGGAGCAAUUUUAUGCAGAGAUAAAUGAUGUUAAACAUGAGACAACAGCACAACAACCAAGCAGUGUAUUACUUGAUGCUUCAUCUCAGGAAUGUUGUACAUUCCUCAGUGACGAUGUUGGUGAGUCAAAAAGUGAGCAACAGACUCCUGAUGGCCUUCGGAAUAUAAAUGCAACAAUACCUUUCUCACAAAGGACUAAAAAUGAUUCAGACUCUCAAAAGUAUUAUCCUGUUGAACAGAAUACUGUUCAGAGUUCUUUACUGGAGGAUACCAUUGAAAGUGAAAGCACAGAAUCUACACCACUACAAGGACAAAUACCACCAUUAAACAAAAGAAAACUGCUGAAAGUAGACAUUUUAGACUUAACUGGCUCGUCAGAUGUUAGUGAUAAAAAGGAACGUAAAUCACCAACACUUGGACAGGAAGAUUAUUCAGAUAAUACUAGGAGCAGCUAUGGACAUGAGCAUGAGAAAUUGCAGUAUUCAGAGUCUGAGAGCAGCAGAUCAGAACUGAGUUCUUCUGUUCGAAAAUCCAUUACAUCUCCAGCCCAUAAAUUAGGGUUCUCUUAUAAUCGUGAUGCAGAUCUGAUCAAGAAGAAACGUGCAACAUUGCAAUGCUCUGAAGUGGAUUCAUCAGAAAGUGUCUGUCCACGUUUGAACCAUUCGGGUCAACAGAGCAAAAGCAUUGAACUUAACUUUUGUCAACAAGAGAAAGGAAUCACUGAAGAAAAGAGAAUGGCAACAAGACAGGAAGAAUUGAAAGAGCGAGCAAGACUCCUUCUGGAACAGGCAAGGAGGGAUGCAGCUUUAAAAGCAGCAAGUAAACAGUCAGCCAUUCAAUCAGUAACACCAACUCACAACAAACAGCUGAAUGAGCACCAAGAUGAAGAGCGACGUCGCCAGUUGAGAGAGAGAGCUCGUCAGCUAAUUGCAGAAGCUCGAUCUGGCGUUAAGAUGUCUGAUCCUCCCAGCUACAAUGAACUGACUACUGAAAAGUUGAGAGAAAGAUCAAAGGCAGCUGGAGGUGAUGCUGUUGGGGUAGAUAUUAAUGAGGAAGGCCCUGAAACCUCUAUUUUGGGAGAGGAACAUACUAACACUGAAACUGACCUUGAUUCUUUUGGAACUCAGAACAACAUGUCUAUUGAUGUGAAGCUUAAGAAGCUCAUAGAGGCUCAACCACAGGUGGCAAAUUCACUAUCUACUGCUGUCCAGAAAGUCUCAGUGGACAGUGCAGAACAAGAAGAACUUAAGAAUGAAAUGGAGGAUCAUCGUGCUGAGCGUUUGCGUAAAUCCACUGAACGUUUGCGAAGUCCUGUGGUAUUCAAUAAAGAUUCAGCUGUGAGACGAACCCAUCUUCAGUCAUUUAGUCAGUAUGUGGAAAGCAGACCAGAGGUUAAAAGGCUGAGAUCAAUACAAGAAGAUGCAAAGAAAAGAAAUGAGGAAAGACCGGAAAUAUGUGAUACAACUCCAAGAAAGCCAUCAGAAGAUGAAGUACUUAGUAAAGGGUUCAAAGACACGAGUCAGUAUGUUGUUGGAGAAUUGGCAGCGUUGGAGAAUGAGCAGAAGCAAAUUGACACACGGGCUGCAGUGGUGGAGAAGCGUCUUCGCUAUCUCAUGGACACAGGAAACAAUAAAGAGAAGGAAGAAGCUAUGAUGCAGGAGUGGUUUGUGUUGGUUAAUAAGAAGAAUGCCCUCAUACGGCGACAGAAUCAACUUUCACUACUGGAAAAAGAACAUGAUCUUGAGAGACGUUUUGAGCUGCUAAAUCGAGAAUUACGAGCUAUGCUUGCAAUAGAAGACUGGCAGAAAACAGAAGCUCAGAAAAGACGUGAGCAGCUCUUACUAGAUGAACUAGUUAUUCUGGUUAACAAACGGGACGCGCUUGUCCGAGAUUUAGAUGCACAGGAAAAACAGGCGGAAGAAGAAGAUGAACAUUUGGAACGAACGCUCGAACAAAACAAAGGGAAAAUUGUAAAGAAAGAAGAUAAGUGUCUCAUUCAGUGAGAGAGAUGCACUAGAAGAUCUCCCAUCAUUUACACACACUUUCACUCUCAUUUUAAUAAACUAUGUGAUGGAUUUGAAUGAUAUCAUGUUUCAAUUAGAUUGUAAACUGUUGUAUUUUUUUUCUGUCAGAGCAUUUAAUCGUCCUAAGGCCGCAGGUCCGUCAUAUGGCUGCAUCUGUCGUUUUUAUGAAAGUGUAUUUUGUAAAAAAAAAAGCCGCGUGUAAUUGUUUUAUUUGUAACGGUGACAUUUAAUGUUUUAUCAGUUACAUUUGGGAAGAAUUCCCUGCUCAUUAAGGAGGAUAGGAAAAACACCAAAUAGUUGCGAAAUGUAGCAGGACAGUUCCUGAUUGUUUCUUAUUAACACUGAGACGGCUUUCUGUGCGCCGCACUGAUCUGCCUCAAAUGGAUGUUGGAUCAGAUUUGAUACUGUGACCGGGGAGGUUGGCGGUGGUUACCGGCUUCUGAACGUUACUGUUUUACAGAAACUGCGGAACUCCAGCCUCUGGGUGCACCUUUGAAUAAAUUGAUCGCCAUCAGUUGUCAAAAAGUGAAACAUCUUCAAGAAACAAUCUCUAAACCGGAAUGUUUGAGCUUGCUAGUUGCUGCAUUUUCAAUAUCUAGGUUUAUUUCCAUUGAAUAUUGGAACGUUUCAUUGGAGCUGUAAAGUCCGGUUUUUUUUAAAAUAUAAAUAGUUGGCUUUUACAGAGCGGCUAUGUUGUAAAUGAUAUUAUCUGAAGUUAGUUUUAGUUUAAACUCAGAAAAGGGCUGAUGACUUUGCACCCGGUUGGUGCGGUCAGUUCGUUCUCUGGUGUUUUCUAUGUAUUUAUUACCCGGAACAGCGCGAGCUGCUUGUUUAAGCUCCAGGUAUUUUGCUAAAACGUUUUUGUUUGGCUCGAAAAUGCUUGUUAUUUGUCUUCCGAAAGCAAAAGCAGUUCUCUAGAAGAUCGGAAUCAUUUUCAACACGUUUCUCUGCACCAACCUACCGUCAAUAAAACUGCUGCUUGGGGGAAGAAAUAUUUCUGUUUAUUUAUUCCAGGACCGCCUCUGAAUCUUGAAUAAAAAGUGAACUUUGAA